ACGUGCGUGCGGCAGCAACAACUGAGGCACUUGAGUCGACCAACAAACCGAGAGAAAAAGGACGCCCAUGAUAGAAGUCAGAGAAGCUGAGAAGCUGGCUGGCGAGGCUGGCCAAGUUGAAAAGUGUUAAUAAGCCAGCGAGUGUCUCCGAGUGCGGCCGGCCGUAAAGUGCGUGUGGAAUUAGUGUGGAGGUGCCAAAAGUUGGCCGCGUCUUCUAACUUGGACAAUUGGACGACAGGUUCCCGGGACUUUAUUCGUGUGUGUUUGUGUGUGUGUGUGUGAGUUUUGUAACUUCGUUUGCGUGUGUGUGUGUGUGAGCGAGUGUGUGCCAAAGUGUGACCAACAAAUUAUUUACGAAAUACUUACGAGCGCUUCAAGGGAAAAGGAUUUCAUAUACUGCCAGUCCAAAGUUUGCUUAAAGGAUUAAAGCAUCUCCACAUUGGUCGAGUCAAAGGACCUCGAGGAUAUGCAAACCAAACUAAAAGCCAAUGAGAAGCUGCUGGAACUACAGCUCUUUGGAAUGCUCCUAGUCUUGGCUCUAAUUAACAAGCAUUUCGCUUCGAGUUUGUGACUAGAGAAAAUUAAAUUUUAAAAGUGAAAAAAAAUAUACACAUUUAAAAUUAAUUAUCUUUACAUCUCUGGAAUCGAAACUAGUUCAGACUAAAAGUAAGAUGUGCUAAAAGAUUAACUGAAAGCGUUUUGGGUAUGCGGCUGCUGUUGUCGCUACUGUUGCAUGCAACAUGGAUGGUGAAAAUCGGAUUAUAUUAAAUGUUGGCGGCAUAAGAUAUGAAACUUACAAGGCAACGCUCAAGAAAAUUCCGGCUACUCGUCUCUCGCGUCUGACCGAAGCUCUGGCCAACUAUGAUCCAGUGCUCAAUGAAUAUUUCUUUGAUCGUCAUCCCGGCGUUUUUACCCAAAUACUUAAUUACUACAGAACUGGUAAGCUGCAUUAUCCAACGGACGUCUGUGGUCCACUGUUCGAGGAGGAACUGGAGUUCUGGGGUCUCGAUUCCAAUCAGGUAGAACCAUGCUGCUGGUCAACUUACAGUAUACAUCGUGAUACGCAAAACACUUUAGCCAUAUUAGAUAAACUAGAUAUUGAAAAUGAGAAGCCCACGGAGGAGCAAAUAGCUCGACUGUUUGGCUUCGAGGAGGCAUUAAGCAAUGGCGAGCUUAAUUGCUGGCAACGCUUAAAGCCCAAGAUUUGGGCCAUGUUCGAUGAGCCGUCGAGUUCAACGGGUGCCAAGUUUGUUGCUGGCAUGUCGGUAUUCUUUAUAUUUGUUUCUGUGAUAUCGUUCUGCCUGAAAACCCAUCCCGGUUUUCGCGUGGAUCUUCCCACCAGCUACGGCGGCAGCUCAGACGCCGGAUCAACCACGUCUGCUCAUGAUCCGUUGACGCCGCCAAUCAGUCAGCCACCAGCCCAUCAUCAGCCACCACAGACGCAGUAUCAUCAGCACAGCAUAACACCGCCAAGCGGAAGCAUUGGACCCACGUUUCGUGUCACGAACUACACGAGCUACAGCAGCGGCAAUUUGAGUGCCGCCCAGGCCACCUCAAUAGCCACAAUCAAGGGCAAUCAGCAGCGCCAACGGCUGAAACGAAGUCUCAAUGCGAGCAGCCUCAAUGACUUUAUUGAGCAGAAGCUUUUGGGCCACAACGGGCGCAGGCAACACGGUUGGGUCGAAACCUAUGGCCAACCGCAUAAGGCGUUCUUCUAUGUGGAGCUGGUUUGCAAUGUGUGGUUCUUCAUCGAGGUCAUCAUUAGACUAAUUGUCUCACCCAAUCUUUGGCAAUUUAUCAAGUCUCCUGUUAACAUCAUUGACUUUACGGCCACGCUCAGUUUCUAUACGGAUGUCAUGCAGCGCAUGGGCGAGUACACAGGACUCUUGGAAGCGUUCUCGAUAGUGCGGAUCAUGCGUCUCUUUAAGCUAACCAGACACUCGCCAGGACUGCGCAUUCUGAUCCACACGUUCAAGGCCUCGGCCAAAGAAUUGACGCUGCUUGUGUUCUUCCUUGUGCUCGGCAUCGUUUUCUUUGCCAGCCUGGCCUACUAUGCCGAAAAGUUGCAGGACAAUCCAGACAACCAAUUCAAGAGCAUACCAUUGGGAUUAUGGUGGGCUAUUGUUACCAUGACCACAGUGGGCUAUGGCGAUGUGGCGCCCAAGACCUAUCCGGGCAUGUUUGUGGGCGCACUCUGCGCUCUGGCUGGUGUACUCACCAUUGCACUACCCGUACCUGUUAUCGUUAGCAAUUUCUCGAUGUUCUAUUCGCACACACAAGCACGCUCCAAGCUGCCAAAGAAACGACGUCGCGUCUUGCCUGUGGAGCAGCCGCGUCGCAAGCGGGAGCCGCCGGCGCCGCAUCGCGGCAGAGCGAAUGCUAUCAAACAAACACCGCCGACGUGGGGGGGCGUGGUCGGUGCCCAUACGUGCGUACAGGCGCCCACGCCGAUGUUCAAGGAUGCGUUUGGUGGUGCUAAAAUUGCGGACUACUUGAGUGUGCCAGCGGUGCAGAGCCUGCAGCCGAGGGCGGCAACCACUGGACACGAUUUUAUGCUGCCUCUUCAGCCGAAACUUGUGGCGCCUCUGGAACGCAAGGAUCAGCAUCCGCUGCAGCUAACCGCACAGAACUUGGCCUCGGACACGAAUCAACUGUAUGCGAGCCACGCCCACAAAUCGGGCACUGUACUAAGCGUACCGCCCACACUCAGCAUGACUCAUACCCAGAUGCCACCGGGCAUGGCCAGCAUGGGGCAACGGACACCGAAUCUCAGCUAUCGGGCAACUCAUAUCCAUACGCAUGCGCCCAUCCAACAGCCGAUACCGCAACAGUUUCAUCAGGCCACCGCCGUGGAUUGCAACAUCAAAAUCUCAGUGGCUGGCGCUGGAGGUGCGUCAUCGUCUUGCGGUGAUGCUGAGCUGAUGAUGGCUCCGAAGGUGACGCUGCUGGACGAUCUGAGCGAUGAGGUCAACUCGUCGACGGAUGAUUGUGGCGAGUGCUGCCUGGUCGAUGACAGCGAUACCUACGAGACGAGCAACAACAAUGGGCCGCAUAUCAAUCAGGAUAUCGAACAGGAGAGCGCUGGCGCCGAGGAAGACAGUGGCGACAGUUCCGGUGGCAUUUACAUAGGACCCACCCAUUGAUUUUCGGCCAUCAAAUGGGACUUUCCGUGCUAACAAUGAUAUGUAAAUAUGUGUAUGCAUUUGUAUGUGUAUAGCUAGCCAUUACUACGAGUAGUUGGACAGCAUCCAACAAAAAUCAACGGACCACUCCCAUUUCCCUAUCUUUCUUAUGACUCUUAUGACACAAAAAAACACAAGAAAAGAAUAGGAAAACAUGUUGUGAGCAAGUAAUGUUGCUGUUUUGUUAUAAAUCUUUUAUUCUGUCGAGACUAACAAGAACACACUUCCCAUACACUUUUGUAAGUCACUGUUUACCCUGGUCAUACAAAUGAUAGAUAAUCAUCCUCCAUUUCGACGAGUUCUUCAUAUAGUUUUUGGCUCAGCUUUCCUCAUUGUACUGUAAUGUGAAAACUUCCAUUAAUCAUGGCAUUUUCCUCAACAAAGGCUAUUUUAUUGUCUUUUUUGUUUUUGUCUCCAAUGGUGACUUGCCUAUAUUCUAUAGAUAUGGUAACCUGAUCUCUGACCCCACAGCAAUCUUUUAGGAAAUCUUGUAAAUAUGUGCUGUAAUUUUAUAAAUUUAAGAAACUUCUUAAAAUUGUUUGCAUAUAAAAAUGAAAACCCUGCAAGUUUUCACAAACCUUCAAAUAAUAUUUUUCUAAAUGGUAACCUGAUUCCCCGCUGCUAUUCAAUGGGGAAAUGUGCUCAUUUAAAAGACUUCUCCAAAAAGAAUAUACAAUAAAGUUCUUUAAUUUUUUAAACAAUAUUUGGUAACCUGAUUUCCGACAACUAUUCAAUUGACAAAAGCCAUAAAUAUGCUUCCUAAAAAAUAUAUGUACAAGUUUCUGUGUAGAGAUAUUUCCCUAUGCAAAAAUGUCUGUUCUGUAUAGAUGUUAUAGUAACCGAAUACCAAAGCAAUUCCUUAAAGAAACACACUUAGUAUGCGUUAAGUUUUGGCAAGUUUAUUGAACUUUUUGACUUUAGACUCAUAAAUUCAAAAACUUAAAUAUUAGCUCUCUUCGUUCUCAGGCAGCUUAAGAACAACGAGAGUGAGUGUAUAUAAUAUUAUAUAUUCGUAUCGUAAACUUGUUUGCUCUUAUUAUAUCAUUUACUGACGUAGCCAGUUUAAUAAAUGUACGUUUUUGGGGUAACGCCCCCAACUCGAGACAAGCUAAACAUGUCUUGGCCCUGCUCCAUGCUCCCCACAUUUGCACAUUUGUGUUGUCCUUAUAACUGUCAUGUUGACAACUGUCAUUGACAGAGAUAUAUGUAUGUACCCGUGCAUAGCCGAGAUGCGAGCAUCUCUCUCUCUCUCUCUCUCUCUCUGUUUGUCAGUUUGUUUGUAUCUCACACAUCCGGCAGGGUCUGGCUAUCUUCACUGCCAAGACAAACGGUCAGCUCCGCAGCCGGACAAAGCAAACAUAUCAUCCAUAUAAACGUGUCCUCCACUUGCUGCGCUACGAUAGUUUCCAUUUUCAGACACGCCAAGGUGUUUAUUGUAUAAAUCUUUGAAACUAACAUGGAACUAUAAAUUUUAACACUUGAAUAACCUGCAUCAAUUGGCAUCCCGUACACCACCUCCUCGUCUCUCUCUCUCUACUCCGGACAUCUCACUCCCCAGUGCCAGGAAGUUCAAAUAAAAAGUGUGACUCGGAAUCUUUAUCUGACGCAUUGAAUGCCACCAUUUCAAUGGACUUACAAGUAACAAGUAAGGAGUAAGUCUGAACAAGACUGCUCAACUAGUGAAUACCCUUGUGAAUUCGAUUCCUACUUGCCAAUGUUUGAGCAUCAGCUAAAACAUACACGACCCUGCUUUCGGUGCAGUCAAAUGUCAACAGGGUGUAAGAACUAGAAAGUCGACACAAUGGCGCCGGAUUCCAUGGCAUCUCUUCCUUUCACCCAGCUCAUGGUGCGUAUUCUUUUCGUUUUUAGCUGUGUCAAGAGCGACAUGGCUGCAAAACUUACAUACACACAUACAUACAUGCACAUAUACAUACAUACAUAUAUACUACAUGAAUACUAAUGUAAAUCGUAGCCCGAUUCUCUCAAUUUUGUGGUUUUUGUAAUCUUUUUUACUUAUGUGUCAGAAACUUCGUGUAAAUAUCCGUUUAUUAGUAAAAUACAAAAAUAAAAAAGAAAAGAAAAGCGAAUGAAAUGAAUAUGCAGAAAAGAAUAUAGAAUGAAUAAAAUAGAGCAUGUCCAUAUUAACUUAUCUGAGGUUCAAACGUAAUUUUUGGUCCAAUACUUAUAGUUUUUGAUGUGUGUGUCUGUGUAUGAUUAAUAAAUAUUUGCAACAUGGUUAAAAUAAAUAAUAACUACCAAAACCAAACGAAAACAAAAAAUUAUAAAUAGGUGUGUAAAAAUUUGAGAAAUAUAAAAACUACAUGUAAACAUUAAAUUAUAUGGUAUACAUUACAUAGUACAUUAAGUAGUUAAGAAUAAAUUGGUGGAUAUGCUCUAAAACUUGUUAUUAAAGAUUAAAAGUUUCAAUUUAAUCUGAUUAAAGUAAAACAAAUUUUAAAUUUUAAACUAUAAAAUAAAAAAGUUGAAGAUUUACUUCCUUUAAAUUAUAUUGCAAUGUAUUAAGUGGUUUAGUAAGAUAUGAAAUAAUACAAUACAAAAAAAACAAAACACAUUUUUCAAUCUUGUUUAUGUCCGUGAUAUAUAUUUCUGUUUAAAGCUUUUAUUCUCCCUCUCUAUAAUGUAUGCAAUAAUGUUUACCUUUUGUGUAGGAACCAAUUUUGUUGACAUCUAAAAAAGCUUACAAAAUGCCAACAAUACAUCAACAUUUUUAAAUUUAAGUGAAUUUCAAAUAUAUUCAAAUGUAAUUAAAUUCGUUAUUGCAAAGCAAAUAUUUAAUUUUGAUUAGAAUCUCAAUUAAAUCAACCAACCGGGCAACCAGGAAGAUGUAAUAUAGGAUUUAAUUGUGAACAUAAAAUUAAUAAAGCAAAUAAAUUUCAUCUAAUCCAUUUGCAUGCAGGUAAAUUAAAAAAUAAUUGUUAAAAAAAGAUUUUAAAGUCUAUGUAAAUAAAUAAUGAAACCUAAACAAAGAAAAGCUCUAAAGCAAAACCGUUAAAGCAAAAUUAAGAGAAUUUCUAAUGAAACAUGAAGCUGAAUUCUUGGUAACAAUUCUGAAAUUGUAUUUCAAAUUUUCCAACUACGGUCAUAAUCGAAUUGUAAUUAGGUUAUAUGCAUAUAAUAUAUAUUGUUUACGAGAAAUCGAAUCGAGUAAAUUUUUAAAUGUUAACAUGAAAAACCAUUUAAAUUUAAAUUAAGUAACAAAUUGUGGUGUGUAAAAACAAAU